UUUUCGCUAAUGUCCACCACUCCUCCAUUCACUCUCUCACUCACUCACUCCCAACCUCCCUGUCUCCUCCUUCUAUCACGCCGCUCUGUUCCAAGUCUUCACACUUUUACCAUUCAAUUCCUCUGUAAAGCAGUCCAAUUUUCUUCUUCUUCACUCCAUCACUAGCUCCAUUUCAGCUUUAUUUGCCCUUCCACUUCUUUCAAGCACUCUGGAGCAGAAAAAUGACUGAGUUUUCCAUGUCAAGCACAGCCAAAAAUGCACCCUUGUCUAGAGUCCUCUUGUCCUGUUUAGUUCUCUUCUCUUCUUUCUUUCUAUCUCACCCUGUGUGGUUCUCUUACUUCAUUUUCUUGUCACCUUACCUUCUCAAGGUUGUGACUUUCCUCUCUCCUCUUCUCAUCACCACCUUCCUUAUCCUGCUCGCCUUCCUCACUCUCUCUCCAGGCCUUGGAGGGUCUCUUGAAGAAACACCAGAAUCCAAAGUGGGAUUUGUUUCAAAGGUAUGUUCCAGGGUUUUAGAGAAGCUGAGAUCAAAUUCAGCUGAUGAAGACGAAGGGAUUGAGCUCUCAAAGGACCUUGAAGUGUACAAGAUCUUCUUUGAAGAAGCUUCCCUGUGGGACUCCGGGAAAAGCCAUGAUGAAGUCUCUGAUCAGUUGAAGCUACCGGGGGAUUGUGGGUCUGAAGAAUCCGAAGCACCAGUUGACAAGUUCUUGAUCUAUGGAGACAAUGUCGUCAAGGGGCACUCUGAGGCAUCGGCAACCAAAUUCGAGGAAGACCCAGCUGAGAUUUCUAAGCCAGAGUCCAUAGUUGAGGACAAACUUGAAGGACCGUUAAUCCAGGAGAAGGCAGAAUGUGAAAGUGAAGGUGCGGUUUUCGAAGCGGAAGAGAAAGAAGUCAAAGUUCUAGACUCCGAGCCCAAGAAAGUUGGUGAAGAAGAAGAGAAAAAAGAAGACGAUCCCCUGUUCAAAGGCGGAUCCAAGGCAGUGAGCGAUAAACUAAGCGACCUAAAAGUAAGGGAUAAUAAUGGAGGAGAGUGCUUUUCAAGAACAAGGCAGAAUUCUAGAAGACUUGGUGAGAGUCUCAGGCUCUUUGAUGAGUACGGCGGAGGAGAGCAAUCAUGCUACUAUUCACCAGAUCGCCUCUCUGAGAGCCAUUAUGAGAAGAUGGGCUUUCAACAUCUGGGGAGCUUUGGGUCGAUGAGGAGAGAGAAAGAGUGGAAGAGGACACUGGCGUGCAAGCUCUUCGAAGAGAGGCACGAUGCGGAGGGUGGCGAGGGCAUGGAUCUGUUGUGGGAGGCCUACGAGAACGAUUCCUCCGCCAAGCACGCGAAGGACCGAGCGAAGAAGGGCAAGAGAGGAGGGAGACUCGAAGGGCACGCGAAGGAUGCCGGCGAAGUCGAGGAAGAAGAAGAAGAAGAAGAAGAAGACGUUGACGGGCAGUUCUGCUGCCUGCAGGCGCUCAAGUUCUCCGCAGGGAAGAUGAACCUGGGCAUGGGGAGGCCCAACCUGGUCAGGAUCUCCAAAGCUUUCAGGGGCAUUGGGUGGUUGCACCAUGUGGGCAAGCACACCAAGAAGGGCUACAACUGAGAAAUUUCAUCCCCUCUCUUUUUUUCCUUUUCUGGGUUCUUGCAGACUUGGGUUUUGAACGACAAAUGCAAGCUAAAAGCAAAGAAGAAAGAGUCCUGUAUCUAUUCGAACUAUAUCUGUAUCAGAAGCACAUCUUUGUCCUCUAAAUUAACAUCAUUAUAGCCGCCUUUUUUCGCU